UGGAGAAGAGUAGGAAAACAGAGGGAACAAAGAUAACCAAGUAACAUUGAUGGAGAAGAAAGGAGAGGCCAUCGGAAACCGGGAAAAUACUAGCAAGGACGAGCCACUGCUGAUGGCGCUGAAUCACGUUUCCCGGCUGUGCCGGUCGGUGAAGGACUCCAUUGAUUUCUAUACCAAAGUCCUGGGGUUCGUUCUGGUCGAGCGCCCGCUGGCGUUGGACUUCGACGGCGCCUGGCUGUUCAACUACGGCGUCGGGAUUCACUUGGUGCAGUCGCCGGACGAUGAGAGGCUGCCCCGUCCUGAUCACGGGCUGGACCCCAUGGACAACCAUAUCUCCUUCCAGUGCGAGGACGUAGGAGCUGUGGAAGAGAGAUUAAAGGAGAUGAACAUCAAGUAUAAGAAGCGGACAGUGAAAGACGAAGGAGGGGGAGCCAUCGGCCAGCUGUUCUUCAACGAUCCGGACGGCUUCAUGAUCGAGAUUUGCAACUGCGAGAACGUCAAGUUGCGUCCGGCGGGAUCGUCCGGCCGAAUAAAGCUUCCUCCCGGCCGCCAUAAUCCGCCGGUUGGCAUCGACAGUAAUGGCGGUCGAGGUGAUGACUCGCCGAGUAGAGAUGGCGAGAGUCAAUAGAGAGGGAGUUGGGUUCGUGAUUCAGUGCAGGUGCAUGCAUGGUUGUAUCAGCAUUCCAAGUGAAGCGAGAUCUUCAUAACUCUGGGGAUGGGUUUGGUGCUGACUUGAUAUAUGGAUAGUGGUGGAUGGUUGAUUCAGAUAGUAUCUUAAUUUAUUUGGAAAAUAACGUUUUUAUAAAGAUUGUCAAAUUUGUUUAAAUUUCUUUCUGUAAUUUUUUAAAAUAACACGCAUUUCCCUUUGAGUUUUAUAAUUGUACCGUUAAU